AUGGCAGCCAAGGGGACGCAGCGCAGCAGGCGGUCAUCGCCCCAGCACGAUACGAACAUUGUCUCGUCGCGCAAGUCAGCCCCAAUUUCAGAACCGGCCUUCGCAGGAGAAACCCUCCGUCUACUAGGAUCGAGUAGCUCUUCCGCCGCCGCCGACGACAUACGGCAGAACCGCUCCGCGCCAUCUCCAUCAAACGACGAACAAGGCACUUGGGACCCCAGAACACCGUUGCCGCGCUGGAGCAGCGGCCACCUCGGGAAGCGCAGGAGAUUUACCAGGUGCAACAUGUUUCUGCUCAUAUUUCUGGCCGUUGUCGCUGUCGGCACAGUGUACGUGUGGCAAAGAGAAGCAUACAUGACGGCGCCGUGGUUGCCCGACGACGAGACCAAUCGAUUCGCUCAAAAGCCGCUGCCGCCGCCGCUAGAGCGGACGAGCAUCCUGCAGCGCAAGCUACCGCUACGUACGCGCGGCCGCUACAUUGUCGACGCUGCGGGCGAUCGCUUCAAGCUGUUGUCCGUCAACUGGUACGGGGCGAGCGACGAGCUCUUUGUCCCUGGCGGCCUGGAAGUCCGCCACCGCGCCGCCAUUGCCUCGACGAUUCGCCGAAUGGGCUUCAACAGCGUGCGGCUCCCCUACGCCGACGAGCUGGUCCUGCGCAACCCCAUCAUCGCGCCACACCUCGUCCUGGCGAACCCGGAUCUUGCCGGUCUCUCCGCACUCGACGUCUUCGAGGCCGUCGUCGUGGCGCUGACCGAUGCCGGGCUGGCGGUCAUUGUCAACAACCACAUCACCACCGCGACGUGGUGCUGCGGCGCGAACCCGUGCGACGCGGGCUGGGCCAACGACCACCUCGGCGCGCUGUGCAGCGUCCGCCAGACCGAGGAAAGCUGGAUCCGCAACUGGGAGGCCGUCAUGGGACGGCUCGUGGCUAACCCGCUCGUCAUCGGCGCCGACCUCCGCAACGAGGUCCGCGGCCUCUGGGGCACCAUGCCGUGGGAGAAGUGGGCGGCGGCGGCGGAGCGCUGCGGCGAGCGGCUGCUCGCGAUGAACCCAGACUGGCUCGUCGUCGUCGAGGGCACAGAGUCGGCGAAUGACGUGUCGGGUGCGCGGCGGCGGCCGGUGACUCUGAGCGUAAAGGACAAGCUCGUGUACUCGGCGCACGUCUACGCGUGGUCGGGCUGGGGCAGCUGGGGCGGACGCUUCGCGCAGCGCGGAUACGACUCGUUUGUGGCGACGAUGCGCAGAAGCUGGCUGUACCUGCUGGAGCAGGACGUCGCGCCGGUCUGGGUCGGGGAGCUCGGCGCGAGCAGGCACCCGUCGAGAGGCGGCGCGCGGUACUGGCAGAAUUUGUGGCGGCUGCUCAAGGAGGUGGAUGCGGAUUUUGGUUACUGGGCGAUUAACCCGAACAAGGCGUACAAGAGCACGGUGGAAACGUACUCGCUGGUUGAGAGUGACUGGGAGACGCCGGUGCUGGAUUAUCGCAUGAAGGACAUGGUAGAGCUAAUGCAGCAAUAA